GAGAAGGAGCCCAACAGCCGAGAGGGGAGGGAGGGCAGAGGAGGGGGACCAGGAAAGACACCCCCGUGCCCCGAAGACACACAUUCCUGAGUGCCCAGGAGGAGCCUUAACAAGCGGCGCGGAGCCCUUCAAGGCUGCUAAAUUGGCUGUCACAGCUCAAGCCUUGGAGUCCCAAUGGGGGACUCAGGAUCAAGACGAUCUACCCUGGUCUCCCGGUUGCCAAUAUUCAGAAGAAGUAUUAGCAGAAGACAUGAUUCUCUUCCUUCUUCACCCUCCUCCAGUAAUACAGUUGGUGUCCACAGUUCCUCUCCUUCCAGCACUAAUUCAAGCUCAGGUAGUACAGGUAAACGCAGGAGCAUAUUCCGUACUCCUUCCAUUAGUUUCCACCAUAAGAAAGGAGGUGAACCUAAGCAAGACACUACCAACCAGAACCUUAGUAUUUCAAAUGGUGCUCAAUCUGGUCAUAGCAGUAUACAGAAACUGAGUUUGGAAGAACAUAUUAAAACCAGGGGAAGACCUUCUGUUGGUUUUAGUAGUUCACGAAAUAAGAAAAUAACGAGAUCCUUGACAGAAGAUUUUGAAAAGGAAAAGGAGCACUCAACUAAUAAGAAUGUCUUUAUAAAUUGCCUAAGUUCUGGCAAAAGUGAAGGGGAUGAUUCUGGAUUCACAGAAGAACAAACUCGCCGUUCUGUUAAGCAGUCAACAAAGAAGCUACUCACUAAAUCUUUUUCAUCUCACUAUAAAUUUUCUAAGCCAGUUCCACAGAGCCAAUCCAUUUCAUUGGUACAACAGUCUGGAUUCUCAUUGGAAAUUACACAGUACCAGGAGAGAGAACCUGUAUUAGUAAGAGCUUCUCCAUCUUGUUCUGUGGAUGUAACAGAACGGGCAGGAAGCUCUUUACAAUCACCCCUGCUUUCUGCUGAUCUUACAACAGCUCAGACACCUUCAGAGUUCUUAGCCUUGACUGAAGAUUCUGUGUCUGAAGCAGAUGCAUUUCCUAAAAGUGGAAGCAUGGCAUCCCACUGUGAGAACUUUGGCCACAAUGAUUCUACCUCUCAGAUCUCUCCCAAUCCUGCUGCUGUUACAAAGACAACAAUAGACCUUAUGGGAACUGUUCCCUGUGCAAUUAUGUCUCCUGGGAAAUACAGGUUAGAAGGCCGAUGUAGCACUGAAUCUAAUUCCUUACUAGAAACCUCUGCUGCUAAUCAGAAGGAAGUGUUAUUGCAAAUAACUGAACUACCUGUUAUGAAUGGGAACAAGUCAGAGACUCAUCUAUCAGGAGAUAUGCAAAGAGAAGAACAUAAGGUAGUACAAAAUGGUGAAACAAUGUUGGCAACAAGCUCUCCGAGGAAACUUGGAUUUUAUGAGCAACAUAAAGCAAUAAGUGAUCGUGUUAAAGGGAUUCAUCCUAUUUCAGAUUCAAGGAUAAUACCCUCUUCUGGUGAUCAUCAUAUUUUUAACAAAACAUCAUAUGGAUACGAAUCAAAUCCUGCCAAAGUUCUUGCCAGUAGCUUCAGUCCAUAUCGUGAAGGGAGAUUUAUAGAGAGGCGAUUGCGAUCCUCAUCUGAAGGAACUGCAGGGAGUAGCAGAAUGAUUUUGAAACCAAAAGAUGGAAAUGUAGAAGAAGUGAACAGUCUAAGAAAACAAAGAGCAGGUUCAUCAUCUUCAAAAAUGAACAGCAUGGAUGUUUUGAAUAAUUUGGGAUCUUGUGAACUGGAUGAAGAUGAUCUAAUGCUUGAUCUGGAAUUUUUAGAGGAACAGAAUCUUCAUCCUUCAGUUUGCCGGGAGGAUUCAUACCACUCUGUAGUCUCAUGUGCUGCUGUGGUCCUUACUCCUAUGGAACCAACCAUAGAAAUGAAGAAAAGAGAAGAACUAAAAUUUCCUGAACCUUCCAAACAGAAUCUUUCCCUGAAAUUAACAAAAGACAUUGAUCAGGAAGUCAGGUGUUCCCAUAUGAGCCGAAUGCCCCCCAGUCCAUCUGCAGAUUGGCCCCUGCAAGGUGUGGAAGAAAAUGGAGGCUUAGACUCUCUGCCUUUCAGAUUGAUGUUACAGGACUGCACAGCUGUCAAGACAUUAUUAUUAAAGAUGAAGAGAGUUCUUCAAGAGAGUGCCGAUAUGAGCCCAGCAAGUAGCACAGCUUCACUUCCUGUUAGUCCUCUUACUGAAGAGCCCUUGCCUUUCAAGGAUAUAAUGAAAGAUGAAUGCUCAAUGCUGAAGCUGCAGCUGAAAGAGCGGGAUGAACUCAUUUGCCAACUUCAGGAAGAGCUGGAAAAAGUCCAGCAUUUACAGAAGGCUUUUGCUUCAAGAGUAGAUAAAUCCACACAGACUGAACUUCUAGGCUAUGAUGGUUUGAACCUGAAAAGACUGGAGGCAGUACAAGGAGGGAGAGAGGCUACAUAUCGAAAUCGAAUUGUGAGCCAAAGCCUCAGCACAAGGGACAGAAAAGCAAUGCAUACUCCCACCGAGGACCGUUUUAGAUACACAGCAGCUGACCAGACAAGCCCCUACAAAAGUAAGACCUGUCAACUAUCAAGUCUAUGUUUAAGUAAUUUUUUGAAGGACAAGGAACUAGUGGAAGUUAUCAAACACUCAAGAGGAACUUAUGAAACCCUCACAUCAGAGGUCACCCAGAAUUUACGGGCCACUGGAGGGCAAAACUCUCUGAAGCCAACAGCUAAGACCGAAGGGCCCUCUGCCUUCUCAGAGAAACCAAAGGACCCAGCUGUUGUGGCCCGACAGCAUUCAACAUUCACAGGAAGGUUUGGACAACCACCCAGAGGGCCAAUCUCUUUACACAUGUACAGCAGGAAGAAUGUUUUCCUCCAUCACAAUUUACACACCACGGAGCUGCAAACUCUAGGCCAGCAGGAUGGGUAAUUAAAUCACCCUGUCCCCGUCUCUGGGUAGGGUAAGGAUGGUUAGUGUUUCUCGUGCAUAGCUCACAUUUAAAUUGUCACAUUCUUACUACUUUUUUAUUUUUAGUUAUAAACAAAGAAUUGUACACUUUUUUUUUUUUUUUAGAAUGAAGGUUCAGGCAUGUUAAUUGAA